AUGUCGGAUCUACGCAUCAUCACCUGCGUGACCCCUCAGGUGAGUUUUGGCACGGUAGAUAUGAGUACGGAGUGGGAUAGAGCUCACCCAGGCUCGGUGGAGCUCCGACUGGUCCUGGUGGGCACCUUCGACUGCGGCAAGACCCUGACUGCAGACACCCUGCUGGGCCAGAAGAGCUCCGAGGGUCAAGACUCUCCCCGCUCCUGCGUCCUCCGCCGAGGUCUCUCCCACGCCCGCCGGCUCACGCUGGUGGAGGCCCCGCGCUGGUACUGGUCAGGGGGUCGCCUGGAGUCCAGCGUCAAGGAGGAGACGAGACACGCGCUGUCGCUGGCCGCCCCGGCACCUCACGCCUUCCUCCUGCUGAUCCCCGUGAGCCAGUUCACGGACAUGGAGCAACGCGCUCCUCAGGAGCUCCAGGAGGUGUUCGGGCGAGAGGUGCUGCAGCACACGCUGGUGGUGCUCACCUGCGGGGACUACCUGGUGGGCCGCACGGCCGAGGAGUACCUGGCCAAAGAGGACCAGGGCCUCAGGGAGGUCAUCGCACUCUGUGAGGGCCGCUACCACGUCAUGAACAACCGGCAGCCCGAGGACAGAGAGCAGGUUAAACAGCUGCUGGAGAAGGUGGAGCGCAUGGUUGCGCAGAAGGGAGGCUGCUACGUCCAGGGCGUCCCCCUGCCCGAGGUUGUGACCCCCGGCCUGACCGAGGAGGUGGUGAUGGAGACGCAGCGCGGCGUGAACGCGGAGCGGCCAGGGAGCGCAGGAGGAGCGGGCGCUGACCACACAGACUCAGCGCAGAGAGAAGAGGACGACUACAACGAGCGAGAGCUGAGAGAGAAAAACUGGAACAAGAAAUAG